AUGGCGAAUUUUGCCAAACCGGAGAACGCAUUGAAGCGUGCUGAUGAAUUGAUUAACGUUGGACAGAAACAAGAUGCUCUCCAGGCACUUCAUGAUCUCAUUACCUCCAAGAGAUACAGAGCUUGGCAGAAACCGCUUGAGAAGAUUAUGUUUAAGUACCUGGAUCUUUGUGUUGAAUUGAAGAGGGGUCGUUACGCCAAGGACGGACUUAUCCAGUACCGUAUCGUUUGCCAACAGGUGAAUGUUAGCUCCUUGGAGGAAGUUAUCAAGCACUUCCUGCAUCUCGCUACCGAGAAAGCUGAGCAGGCUCGCUCUCAGGCUGAUGCCCUUGAGGAAGCCCUUGAUGUUGAUGACCUCGAAGCUGAUAGAAAGCCUGAGGAUUUGCAGCUGAGUAUUGUCAGUGGGGAGAAAGGGAAAGAUAGAUCUGACCGUGAGCUCGUCACCCCUUGGUUCAAGUUUCUGUGGGAGACUUACAGAACUGUGCUUGAGAUAUUGAGAAACAACUCAAAGUUGGAAGCUCUCUAUGCGAUGACAGCACAUAAGGCCUUCCAGUUCUGUAAGCAGUACAAGCGAACAACAGAGUUCCGUAGGCUUUGUGAAAUCAUUAGGAACCAUUUGGCGAACCUGAACAAAUACAGAGACCAAAGGGACCGUCCUGACUUAUCAGCCCCUGAGAGUUUGCAACUCUAUCUGGAUACAAGAUUUGAUCAGUUGAAAGUUGCUACUGAGCUUGGACUCUGGCAGGAAGCUUUUCGCUCUGUUGAAGAUAUUUAUGGAUUGAUGUGCAUGGUCAAGAAAACGCCCAAGUCAUCUUUGUUGAUGGUCUAUUAUUCCAAAUUGACCGAGAUCUUCUGGAUUUCUUCUAGCCAUCUUUACCAUGCUUAUGCAUGGUUCAAGCUUUUUAGUCUGCAGAAGAAUUUCAACAAGAACUUGAGCCAAAAGGAUUUGCAACUCAUAGCAUCAUCUGUUGUCUUGGCGGCAUUAUCUAUUCCACCCUUUGAUCGGGCACAGAGUGCAUCCCAUAUGGAACUUGAAAAUGAGAAGGAACGCAAUUUGAGGAUGGCCAACCUCAUUGGAUUCAAUCUCGAACCUAAAUUUGAGGGCAGAGAUAUGCUUUCCCGAUCUGCUCUUCUGUCAGAGCUGGUUUCAAAAGGUGUUUUGAGCUGUGCAUCUCAGGAAGUCAAAGAUCUUUUCCAUGUUUUGGAGCAUGAGUUCCACCCACUUGAUCUUGGCUCCAAGAUUCAGCCUUUGCUUGAAAAAAUUUCCAAAUCUGGUGGAAAGCUGUCUUCCGCUCCUUCUUUACCAGAAGUACAGCUCUCUCAGUAUGUUCCGUCUUUGGAGAAGCUUGCUACUCUGAGACUCCUUCAGCAGGUGUCUAAGAUUUAUCAAACCAUAAGAAUUGAGAGUUUAUCUCAGUUGGUUCCCUUCUUCGAAUUCUCAGUGGUAGAAAAGAUAUCUGUUGAUGCUGUGAAGAACAGUUUUGUUGCCAUGAAAGUUGACCACAUGAAGGGUGUUGUAAUUUUUGGAAAUUUGGGUAUUGAGUCUGAUGGACUGAAGGAUCAUCUGGCUGUUUUUGCUGAGUCUUUGAGCAAAGUAAGAGCAAUGCUGUUCCCUGUCCCAAGUAAAGCAUCAAAACUAGGUGGCAUAGUACCAAAUCUAGCGGAUACUGUUGAGAAGGAGCACAAAAGACUACUUGCUCGGAAAUCAAUCAUUGAAAAGAGGAAGGAGGAUCAAGAGCGUCAGCAAUUAGAAAUGGAACGUGAGGAGGAGCAGAAACGGCUCAAGCUUCAGAAGCUAACUGAGGAGGCUGAACAAAAGAGACUCGCAGCAGAGCUUGAGGAGAGAAAGAGGCAAAGAAUCCGUAGAGAGAUAGAGGAGAGGGAACAUGCGGAAGCUCAGGCGUUGCUGGAGGACACAGAGAAACGCAUGAAAAAGGGAAAGAAGAAGACGACGCUUGUCGAUGGAGACAAGAUGACAAAGCAAGAAGUCAUUGAUAGGGCGUUACAUGAGCAGGUCAGGGAAAGGCAAGAAUUGGAGAAGAAACUCCAAAAGCUUGCCAAAACUAUGGAUUAUUUGGAACGGGCAAAGAGAUUAAAUGCUGCUCCGUUGAUUGAAGCUGCAUAUCAGCGAAGACUGGUAGAGGAAAGAGAGUUUUAUGAACGCGAGCAACAGCGGGAAGUUGAACUCAGCAAAGAGCGUCACGAGAGCGACUUGAAGGAGAAGAACAGGCUGUCCAGAAUGUUGGAACAUAAGGAAAUAUUCCAAGCGGAAGUGAUAAGUCGUCGACAAGCAGAGUUUGACAGAAUAAGGGCAGAGAAAGAGGAGCGUAUCAGCCAAAUAAUUCGAGCCAGGAAGCAAGAAAGGGAUAUCAAGAGGAAGCAGAUCUAUUAUUUGACAUGUGAAGAAGAAAGAAUAGCAAAGUUGCAGGAAGAAGAGGAAGCACGCAAGCGUGAAGAAACUGAGAGGCGCAAGAAGGCAGAAGCCGAACACAAAGCUAAGCUGGAUGCAAUUGAAGAAAAGAAAAGGCAGAGAGAGAGAGAGAUGGAAGAGAAGAUGCAGAGAGAGAAAGAUGCCCUGUUUAAGGGAACUGAUGCAUCAGCUUCUCGUCCCGCAGAGCCAGCAGCAAUAGCCGCAGCACCACCUGCCGUAGCAGCCGCAGCGGCACCAGCAGCAGCAGCACCAGGAGGUUCUGGUAAAUAUGUUCCAAAGUGGAAGCGUCAGGCCGCUGAGGUCUCAGGCCCAGCAGCACCAACGCCAACAUCACCAGCUGCAGAAUCUGACAGCUGGUCCAGCCGUAGACAGCCUCCAGCAGCAGACCGUUGGGGUGCUGGUCCUAGAGGCAGUGACCGCCCAACUGGUAGUGAUACCUGGGGAAAUGAAGAACGCCGGCCUACGUUUGGAAGCUCCAAGCCCAGGCCACCACCUCGUUGA